GUUACCCUUCGCAAACGUCAAAAUUACCCACGAAGUGAUACGAAAAGUGUAAAGCGGCGUCGACGGCAUCCGCGGGCCCCUUGCGUUUGAUAAAACGCGUGUUAUAACACGCCGCGCGUUCGCCGAAAUCGUUUUUCCGUUUCGCUUUGUCACGGUGCGCGGUGUCUGCAACUGGAAUGCUUCUCGGCGAAGGAUGGUGUCUUAGUGCUUUUUUUACCUCGUGACGAGGCUCGCACCAUGAAGUCCGCGUUGUUAUUUGCUAUCUUAGUAUAAUUGUUGUUGUUAACCUGUUAACGAUGGGCGCGAAACCUAGCACCGCGAACGGGGGCUCGCAGAGUCCGCGAAGCAGGGCUUUUUCCACCAGCAGCUCAUCGGAGGUCGUCACGGCCCCCGGUUUUCGAUUCAUGCGAUCCUUGGGGCUGGAGAAUGAUAGGCAAAGAGCAAGGUCGUUAUCAAGCGUGCCCGACCUGCACGGAAACGGCGGGCCGCACGAGGAGGGCGUGGCCGCGAUCGAGGGUGACGUUUCGGCGACGGGCAGUCCCGGCGCGGACACGGACAGCAGCGGCGUCGGCGACGAGACCGGGAUAGGGCAGGGGGGCCUGUUAGGCACCGCCGCUGCCGCCGCCCUUGGUCGCGUGUAUGCCGCCCAUUCGCUGCCCGGCCACAUUUGGUCGUUGAACGGAAUAAAAUGUCCCGUCUGCAGCAAAUUCGUAGUGCCGGACGACAUUGAAUGUCAUCUUGUAAUGUGCCUCACGAAACCUCGCCUUUCCUACAACGAAGACGUAUUGACGGAUGAUAAAGGCGAGUGCGUCAUUUGUUUAGACGACCUUAGCCAAGGCGACGUCAUUGCCAGAUUACCCUGCCUAUGUAUAUACCAUAAAGCAUGUAUAGACCAAUGGUUCGAGGUGAACAGAUCUUGCCCGGAACACCCAGGGGAUUAGCAAUAAGUCUUGUUAGCGCCGUUGGAUAUUUUCCUUAUUAAAGUAAAUAUAUGUAAAUAUUGUGUACAUACCGGAAGAGACUGACGAUUAACAAAAUAUUAAAGACAAUGACGAAAGAAAAAAGAAGAAGGAGAAGAAAAAGAAGAAAAUCGGUAAAAGUAGUAGGUGAAAGUUACCUUUUUUCCGUCGCCUAGGAGGAGCGACGGUGUGGCGUCUUCACGCGUCUUGGAUACGGGAUCGGUUUUUCCCAUCGGUUUUAAAUAGCUUUUGUACCACCCGUUCGUAUUUCGUAUAUCGUUUUCCCAGACGCCGCAAACUGCUUUCCGCUAAUGUUUCAUUUUGUAUAUUUUGCCGUUCCGCGUCCUGCCGCGGGAUUACGGGGAUGACGUCGUGUCGCGCUUACAAUAAAAUAUUUUUGAUACUUGGUAAGAUCCCGUUGUUUGUUUAUAAGCCAGCCGAAUUAGAGUCUAAUCGAGGUUAUUUUCAUAGAGGCCGCCACCCGUCAUCAGACGGUACGUUUUAGGACAAUGGCAUGAAUCGAUUGGUAGCCAUUUUGAAAGUUGG